AUGUCGGAUAACGUUAAGAAUCAGGACCAGGUCCGCCUGCCCCCCCUCGGCCAGGUGCUCGCGGGGGGCGGUCCCAUUGGGGCCUCCGAGAUCAAGAGUGACGAUGGCGAGGGUUACAAUGUCGAGGGUGACGACGGCGAGAGUGACGACGGCGGGGAUGGACAUGAGACAGCGGCAGAGGAGACCCGGAAAAUUCGUCAACUACGGGAGACACUUGAUGAACAGAACAAGUUGAUCAAACAGCAGAAGCGCAUCAUUGCACAGGUGGAGGCUCACACGGACAGGAUCAAUCUAGAAAAUGCCUGGAAGGAUCACGUACGGUCCCGCACGAGCGAGUUGCCGGUUCAACCCAUCAGAGACCGGUGCCAGUUGUGGCAGUAUGACCACGAAGACGACGUGUUGAGAUACGACAGAGAGGUUGCGCGGAACUUGCCCAUGAGCGUGAGGAGGCAUGAACUGGCCGACCUGGAGAUCGUCACCAACUAUAACAAGAGGUUGAUUGCGAAACUCGAGACCUCAAUCGAUACCGCCGGGCGAAACAGGGAAACCGCCCUCUCGGUAUUGAGAAGCCUCCGCCGAUGGGAGGACGUUCACCGGGCCACUGUGGACGAGAUGACGAUGGAAGUGGACCAGAGUCUUGCAAAGGUCAGACGAGCGCGAGAGCGGCUGGACGAGAGAGAGACACUGAGAGCCACGAAGAGGCGCCGCGUGGAUGAGGAUUCCUACGAGCAUUGA